GUGUAUUUCCACGAAAGUAGAAUGAAGAGGAAAUAUCUGUUUAUAAUGAGAAUACGAUAAUAUGCAAUCAGAAUUGAAGUGAGUGUUGAACAUGGAGAGUGAGAGAGAACAAGUUAAGCAGAAUCUGGGAGUCUUUGAUAUCCUCAAUGAAGCUGUAACAUUCUAUGUCAAAAACAUCAACUUUAUCAUCUUCACCUGUCUAACUUCCCUUCCUUUCUUUCUUCUUAUGGUUUACUUUGAAACCUUGUUCCAGAAAAUCAUAGUUGAGAACCCACAAAUUAUAUCACUCCUACCCUUUUUCGAACCAAGAUAUGCAUAUGUCUACUAUAUAUCUGAAAAUGGUGGCUUCGCCCGCGUAGACACACCUCAUAAAAGUUUUAGUAAUGAUUAUUUGCCUGUUUUGAUUCAACUUGGAAUGAUUUACUUGGUGCCUCUUCACGUUCUAGAUAUCUGCUCUGCGGUUAUAACUAUGGAUUCGGCUUCAAAGCUAAAGUCAGAAGGGAAUUACAUGAGUCUGAAGGAUAUGUUUAAAAGUUCCAUUGACAUGUCAAUAAUGAAAGGCACAUUUAUCACUUCUUUGUACGUAAUGUUUUGGUCAACCUGUUUCUUGAUUGCAUUCCCAUGGAUACUGAAUAACUGUUAUAUGCUCUUCAGGGAUUUUGGGUAUUACAUAUUUUUUACAGUAAUCUGCUUUGUAGCAUUUACAAAGCUGUUGAUGGUGUAUUUGGAAUGGAGUGCUAUUUGGAAUAUGAGUUUUGUGAUAUCGGUUGUGGAGGGUAUAUAUGGUAUUGGGGCUAUACGAGUUUCAUAUUUCUUCAGCAGAGGAAAUCAGCAGAGAGGAUUACUUUUGAUGUUUGUUUUCUUUGCCUUGGGGCUUUGUUUAAGGUUGUCAUGUGUCUCCCUUCAAUGCUAUAAAAGAGGGUAUGGGAUAUUUAUGCAAAUUGGGCUAUUCACUGUGGUGAAUACGCUCAAAUGGGUGUCGUUUAUGAUUUACUUCCAUGAUUGCAAGGAGAGAAAAAUGGAGAAGAAAAUAGAUGAGGAAUCGGGUAAAGAUCUUGAAAAAUGAUUCAUGAAAUAGUGAAACUUGGAGAAUGGAGAUAACUUGUUGCUGCUUCUAUUUUGGGUCCGAAAUAUGUAGCACUAUUAUUAUCUCAACUUUUUAUCAGAAAUAAAUUGUGAAUAA